GUGAUGACAUUGUUCCUGAGUACCAGCUGAGUGCACCUAUACAUCCACCUCUGUGGAGGAGCGGCUAUUCAUCUGUCUGAGCCACCACAGGUGGACAAAGGGACAAGCAGGCAGGUAGAUAAAACCCUAUCCAGUAGAGUCUGCUCUGCUGUUGACACUUUGAUGUGUAUUAUACGUCUCAGGUUUCCUGAUUGUUUCAGAGGAAAUUAGGGAUUGAUUGUGGAUCAUCCAGGGUUCUGGGUUUCACUGUCAGCCAGGGCAUGGGUCAGGCUGCAUCCUGGAGGAACAACUCUGUGAUAUCUGAAGAAAGACCACCAAGAUGCUCCAAUAACGACUGAAUUACCAAGUAUGCAGCCUGCUGCCUCAGUUCUGGCUGAAAGAGGGAAUUAUCUGUGGUGGGAUGCAGAAACAUUACCUUUUAAGAUUUUGUUUUUUAUGAUUUUAAAAUUAUUUCUUUAGCCAGCAUCUUCUUCUUAUGACAACAAUAUUUCAGUAGUAUUGCCACCAUUGAGGGAUUCCUGAAGGAUCUGCCACUUCUACAAAGAGUCAAAUGGAGAAAAAAUACCCAGUAAUAGCAGGAAGAGAAAAAGGACCGGGGCCUGGACGCUACGGACUUCCUCCCACUAUUGGAUUUAUGGGCCAUGACUUCACCAAACCAACUAGUCCUGCCUAUUCUUUCCACGGCAGGAUGAGUGACACUAUGUAUUGUGUUGACUCCAGUCCAGGGCCGCAGUAUCACAUUGAUGCAAAAAUCACUCGUUUUGGACGAGAUGGCACACCUGCAUACUCAAUGUUGGGCAGAGUGAAAGCACAAAAGGAGCUCCUCCAGACACCUGGACCAGGAGCAUACAGCCCUGAGAAAACCCCAACAUGCAACCUCCAGCGCAGACCCCCCUCCUACACAAUGGGGUCACGUACACACUACCGGAGCGUUGACUCGGUGCCGGCUCCCAACAAGUACUGUCUCCCUCCGCUCAUGGGCCCUCAAGUCCCAAACAAGCAAGCCAGCGCAAGCUACACGAUGUCAAGUAGUUACAGCACAGGGGGACCAUCUGUGGAUUUAGCCAAGACGCCGGGGCCUUGCAGGUACAACAGUACGGACCCGAGUGUUUAUCUACCCAGAGAGCCGGCAUUCUCCAUGCUGGGGCGUCACGGAUUACCCAGAGAUGCCACCAAGAAACCCGGUCCUGGGACUUAUAACCCAGAGAAAGUGACAGUUCACAAGGCUCGGGCACCAGCCUACUCCCUGGGCAUCAGACACUCUGAAUUUGUUACUCCACUAGUUGUCCAUGUUUCUGACUGAUCAUUAUCACAAACAUCAUUGUGUAAUCUGGUAGAAAAAAUAUUCAUGAGCAAACAUAUGUGGAGAAGUACAUUUAAUUUUGUUCUUUCAGCAACAAAGACCAUGUUGAAUCAACAAUGACUCAAUCAACAUUUAUAAUAUCUAGAAAUAAUAAUAUGUACACAACAUACAAACAUACAUUUAGAAGAACAGGAAAACAGAGAGAGAGCUCUUUUGGGGAAAAUAAUAGGUU